AUUUCUGGCUGUAAAAGCGAGAACAUGGAGAAGCCUGUUUAUCACCAAUUUUGCAAUGUUGGACGUUAUUAAAAAUCAUUGUGUGGUGAACUGCUCUGUGGCGGUGUGUGCCGUGUUCAGCUGUGACGUCAAUCUCAUAAAGAAUGAAUGGAAACUCUAUUAUAUAUCUGGAAAUGUGAGCUCUGGAUGGAUUGAGCAGACUGGACUCAGAGCUGCUGUGUUUGAGUUGGUCAGUUCAGCGUCUCUGGAUUAUGACAAGAGCAAAUAUAUUUUCUUUUCCUCUGAUUCUCAAGGCACUGCACCGUCUCUCCAGAUUAACACUCAAGUGGAGGUGUAUGAGGAGCCGAACCUGACCAAAGAGAUCAUUGGAGGAGUGAUAGGAGGACUGCUGCUACUGGCUCUCAUCACAGCGGCCCUCUAUAAGGCUGGGUUCUUCAUAAGCCAGUACAAGCAGAUGCUGCAGGAGGCGCAGGGGGAUGAAGGAGGAGAGCCAAACAUGACACAAUAAUGUGCACUCAAACAGUUAUAAGAUAUAUGUACUGAUUGUGUUUUGUGGGUUUGAGAAUGAAACGCAAAUAUAUUUAAAACCCCAUUGACUGAUUUAGAACACUUUAUUUAAAUGAUAACUGUACAAUUUUGAAGUUACUUCAGUUUACUCAUCAUCUUAUCAGUGAGCACAACGAGUUACCAAAGUAUUUAUAGCAUGCCAAAUAUCUGACUUCCUUCUUUAUGAAAACUGAUAAUGACUGAGUAUGAACUGUAGCAGAAAUAUUAGAAAUAUUGGAGUAUCUUUUUCUCAUUGUUUUUGUUUUUUGUUUUCUAUUCAAGCUUGUUUCCACAGCAUAGAAUUAAAAAAUACAAAAGGUAAUUUA